AAAAACAAUUUUUUUAUUUGUUUGGAUUUGGUUUGCUGGUGAUCGUUUUUAAUUAUUCCGAUCGUCUUUUUUUUUAUAAAUUUAAAAGUUAGUGAAAAUUGGAACAAUGAUUUUGAGCGAGGAGCAACGAAGAGUGAAAGCUCUGUUGACGGAAACUAUUGUCCUCUUAUGUAAAAAUGGUUUGGAUUUUAAAAGUGAAUUUUCAAUUGAAGCUCUGAUCGGUGUUACCUUGGAUCGCAACGAAGUCUUACUAAUUAACAUAAAUGAAAGUGUCAAAAACGAUGUUGAUCACGACGAUCCGUCUGGUUCGGACUAUUAUAACGACGACAUCACUCAAUCAAAAGUCGGUGUUAGUAUUUCUUGUUCUUCCAACACCAACAUCAAUGCACUUCGGGAAGUUAACGAGUCUCAUGAUUUGCCCCCAAAGCAUCACAGGGUACAUUGUUCGGCAGACGACUCUCUCAGCAGCGGCAGCAACAACAACAAUAGCAGCACCAACAAUCCAAAUGAGUUUAACAGCCCCAGCUAUCCUAACCGACAAAAUAGGCAGACAAGGAACAAUCAUCACAGCCAAGAUUUAAAUUCAACAUCUUUUAAAAGAUCAAAUAAUGAAAAUUUCGAAAAUGAAGAAAAUCAGUUCCAACAAAAAAUGAGAAAACUAAACCAAAGCAAUAGACAACACAGUCAAAGAUUAUCCCCUAUGAGUAAUAAUAAUAAUAACAAUAAUAAUUCUAACAACAGUAAUAAUAAUAGUAUGAAUUUUAGUGGUUCUACUAAUAUGCAAGGUGUUCCUGAACAUCCAGUUGCUGUCAGUACGCCAAAAUUUAAAAGUGAACCGAUGGAGAAUGAGAACUCCUCUCUGCAGUCGGCAGUAUGUAACAACGAUUCAGCUGCUUACUCACACUGGUCGACUGUUCCUAGCGAUGAUUGUCUGCCUGAUUUUCAGAAUUUGGUUCAUGGGACGACAGCUCUGGUAGGAAUGAACUUGCCAACGAAACCAGGAAAUGCCAGCCAGCCAUUUACUUCCAUGCAGCAGUUGCAGCCUCUCUCCAUGGGACAGCAGCAGCAGCAACACAUGCAGCUGCAACAAACCAACAACCUACCUGCAACUACAACUGCCUCUACCACUACAUCACUACCAUUGUCGUCAUCAUCGCAGCAGCAACAACAGUCUACGUUUUUUGAAUCUUUGGUUCUUUCCAACGGACAAGCCGGCAGUCGAGGAAGGUAUAAAUGCAGCAUAUGUUUUAAAGAGAUGCGCCUGUUAAGAGAUCUGAGAGCCCACCUCGCCACUAAGCACAACCUCGAAAAGGACUUCUCAUGUUCCGUCUGCGGUACCGGGUUCACCUACAAACACAAUCUCUUCGUUCACCUCAGAACC